GCACGAUCCCUUACCCUGAGUGCCUUCAGCUGGGAUCAACUUAUUCGUUGUCUCUCUCUUUCGAGGCGACGAUAGAUUUUUUUGGCAUGUUUGGAACAAUAGCCCGUAUAAGAUAAUGUAGGUUUAUCACAUAUUCUGCAUGGAGAUUUUAGCAUAUUAUUUGCACCUGAUUUCCAGUGGAGCGAACAUCCUGCCAAGCGGGUGCAGACUCGGCUACAAGUACUCCCAUCCUUUCUAAUAUGUGGGCAGAUAAAUCAUCAUCUAUGUACGCGGAAAAAACAGUACUCAACAUUCUAACCGGCCGAUGGAUCGAUCCAAACAGAAAGCUAUUCCAGAAGUUGAUUCGUGAAGGCUAUAAAUAUGUUGAUAGACUCUCAGAUUAUUUAGAAGAUAUUGGAAUCAUAUAUGUAGGUGAAUUUGAGCUGGAACCCUUAGACGACUUCUGCCACCCAGCUCUAAUUCCGCCUUUAUCAAUCUUAGCGAGUAGAGCAGAUAUUCGUAAAAACUUUCCUAUUAGUGUAGAAUCUGCUGUCAUGGGUGGAGCGAGUCUACUUACUCUCGAAAAAAAUAAAUGUCCUGCACUCCAGAAUCUAAUCCAAAUGAACUAUUCCAUUGAUAACUUGACUACGUUAAUAGGAAUAACUUGGGAGCAAGAAGAGAUGAAAACUUGGAGGAACGACGUGCUUAUGAAAUUCCUCCAUCACCCGGAUUUAGCCCUUUCAAAGCACAAACCAGAUGCUUUAUACGAUGCAUUCACCAAGACUAGUGUUUUAGGGUCAGAACAUAUAUUGGCUCUAGCGCGAGCAUUAUGCUAAGGAUUAUGAUAUAAUAAAUUGUUUUAUAGCCCUGGAAUGGCAGUUCCAUGACUAUAUAUUUUUUCGCUUAUCAUAUAUACCUGCAAAAUUCAAUUUUUUUAUUAUUA